AUGUAUAAAAUGUCAUCUAAUUCUCCAACUUCAUUAUCAAAUAUUAUUAAUCAAGUAAUUGAUACUAAUACUAAUACAAUUAAUAAUAAUAAUAAUAAUAAAUUUCAAAAUAGUAAUAAUAGUAAUAAUAGUCAUAACACAACUAAUAAUUUUUCAAACCCCACUAAUCAACAACAACAACAACAAAUUUUACAACAAUCUCAUAUUAAUAAAAUGCCAUCUAUAAAUUAUAUUAAUAAUACUGACAAUGUAUCUUCAAAUGGUUAUAAUAAUAUUCCAAGUAAUAAUAAUAAUAAUCAUAUACUUCAUAGUAUUAAUAAAAAUACCCCACAAUUACCAUUUAAUCCACACAAUUUACAACAACAACAACAACAACAACAACAAUAUAAUCAAUUACCACCAAUUAAAUCUGAAUUACUAAAUAAUCCAAGCAUCACUAAAGCAAAUCAUUUACAAAAUCAAACAAAUUUAUCUCCACCACUUUCUUCUUUAAUAUCAGAAAAUGAUGAGAAUAUAAAUGGAAUAGACGGGAAUGUUGAUAAUACAAAUAAUAAAAAAUCUAUUUUAUCAACAAGUUCUCCUGAAGGUAUUCAAGUUGCAUCUAAAAUAACUCCAACAAGAUUAGCUAAUUUAUUAAUUAGAAAAGGUCCUUUACCAAUAAGACAUAUAACUUCACAAUUAUCAUUAGAAGUAUCAUCAUUUGAAUUAUUAAGUUUAAGUAAACAAAGAAGAUUAAUUAUGGCAGCAAUGGAACAAACUGAUCCAAUAAAUAAUGUUGUAUUUGAAAAAAUUGGUUGGGGUCAAUGGGCAGUUCGAAAAGUUGAUAGUGAUUAUAUAGUAACUGAAGGUACAGAACAACAAGAGACAUCAAAUCAAUUAAAAUCUGAAAAUCCGUUACAACAAUUAUUAAAUCCAGAAAAUAAUCAAAAGAAAACCAAGAAAUCUCAUUCACAUUCUUUUGGAGAAGGAGAUAAAAAAAUGAUAAAUAUAAAUGAUCUAAGAAAUCAAACAAAUUUGAAAUUAGGUUGGUCAAAAAAGAAAAAUAGUAAUACUACUACACCUACAAAUAAUAAUCUAGAUAAAUUUAGAAGAGAAUCAAUAACAAAUCAAGUUAAAAAUCUACAUAAUUUGAAAUUACCAAACGAAAGCAUUGAUAAUGCAAUAGCUUCAGAUAGUGAUGAAGAUUCAGAUGAAGAAGAUGAGAAUUUAUUGGGUGAUGAAAGACAAAGAUUAAGUGAACAAAUGGAUCAAGAUGAAAGAUUAAGUUAUUCAGAUGAUGAUGAUGAUGAAGAAGACGAAGAAGAGGAAGAGGAUGAUAAUGCAUUACUUGAAGAAAAUGAAGAUGAAGAAAUGUUUACAUUUGAUGAAUCAAUACGAUCUACUCAAUUAGGUGCAAAUCAAAGAAGAUCCAAUAAAUCAUCACCACCUAUAAAAUUUGCCAAAAGAGUACCAACUAAAUUAAGUCCGCCACCGAUAUCAGCAUCGGGAGCAUCAUCAUAUGAUUCAAAAUCUUCAAGAAGAAGAAAAUCAAGUUCUUCAGUUCCAUCAAAUUCAAUAUCAAAACCUUCUACAUUAAGAAAUUAUCAUUAUCAUCAUCAUCCAUCACUGCAACAUAUAUUAAAUCAAACAAGAUCAAGAUUGAAUUCAAUAGAAAAUCUAGAUAAUUACCUUGCUUCAUCAACUAGAAAUUCAACUGUAUCAAUAAAUUCACCACCACCAGCAAUUAGUUUUAGUUAUUCAAAAGAUGAUAUAGGAAGAAAUUCAUCAAAUCCUGCAUUAAGUAGUUCACCAAUAAAUUCAUUAGGAAAUAAUAAUAGUCUAAAUCAUCAAUCAUCACAAAAUUCAAAUUAUAUACACAAUGAAGAUAUUGCAAAAGCAAAUAGAAAUAGAAGAAAAUCAUCAUUUAAUGAAUCACAUGUUAGAUCAACUUUAAAUCAAGAAAAAAUUAUAAAUGGUCAAUCAAAUAAAUCUGUUAUUGAAGAUAGUGAUACUGAUGAAGAAGAUUGGCAAAGUAUUGGACCAGAAUUUUUAAGACAACAAAGAUUAACAAAAUCUAUAAAUAAAAGUAAUAUCAAUAAUGUUGUCAAUAAUAAUAAUAAUAAUAAUAAAUCUAAUAGAUCAAAUGAUGAUGUAAAUGAAGAAGAAAAAUCUGCUGCUUUUGCAUUAGUCAAUUUAAUGUCAGUUUAA